CAAACAAACAACAACUUCAACCUGAGUCACUUGAGCAAUCCUUGACUGGAACUUCUGAACAAGUCUCGCUCAAGACAUUCAAAGCAACCUCUUCCAUUCUCUCUGCCCAGUCACCCCCUCUCAGACACCAUCAUCAUGUCGUCGGGAGAACCACACUACAUUGUGAAUGGCACAACGUACAUUGCAGGCGGCCAGGACAACAAUUGUACGGUGUCCAUCUGCCCAGUGGACCUCAGCGUCUAUGGCUACCGACCGUCUCUGCCACUCAGCGGUGUAAUCAUCGCCCUCUACAUCAUCAGCAUCAUCGUCCAGGCUUUCCUGGGCUGGCGCUACAAAACAUGGGGCUUCAUGACCAUCAUGAUUCUAGGCGCCAUCGACGAGAUCAUCGGCUACAUCGGCAGAAUCUUGCUGUACAACAACCCUUUCGCGCGACCGGGCUUUCUCAUCCAGAUCGUCUUAAUCACCAUCGGUCCAGUAUUCUUCUCCGCAGCAAUCUAUGUCACACUCUUCCAAAUCGUCAACUACAUCUCCGUCAAGCACUCCCGCUUCACACCCAGUAUAUUCUACUGGGCCUUCGUGUCCUGCGACCUAGUCAGCCUGAUCUUGCAGGCCAUAGGCGGCGCCAAAUCCGCCAGCGCCAACGGCCCAUCGUCAGCGGGCGUCAACAUCGCUCUAGCCGGUCUAUCAUUCCAAGUCGCCACCCUGACAAUCUUCAUCAUCCUGACCGUCGACUAUUUCAUCCGUUCCCGCGCCGUCUGGAUGGCCGCCCGCAUCCCCGCCCGAUUCACCAUCUUCGUCAGCUUCCUCUCGGCCGCGACACUCUUGAUCCUGGCCAGAUGCUGCUACCGUGUCUACGAGCUCAAUGACGGAUAUUCGCGGACGAGCGCUGCCUUGAGAGACCAGCCUCUGUUCAUUGGGUUGGAGACCGUGCCGGUCAUCGUCGCCACGUUCUGUUUGAUCGUCGCUCACCCUGGUCCCGUCUUCAAGGGCGACCAAAAGCACUUGACCAACCACGAAAAGGACGUUCGUGGCUCCGAGUGUUCAGCUGCAUAGGCUACCUCAAUCUGACGGGUAUAUCUGCCCAACCGGUCAAAACCCCGAGGUAUAUGACUGCUGAGGGUGCUAUUGCUGAAUUCUGUCCGCAGAAGGGGAUG